CAGCUGAUCCUUCAGUGUUUCUGCUCCGUAUCCGUGUGAAAACACAGCGAGUGUGUGAAUGAAUCAGCUGUAUGUUUACAAGACACAGCUCUGACCUCCGUGUCACGGAUGGGAAAUAAUAACAGAAGGAUGGAAAUUAGUCGAUGUCGCGUUGAACGCGCGCGCUCCGGAGAAGCAUGUACGCUCCGGCAGCCGAGACGGGAGUGACCGUGGUGGAGAAGGACGCGGCUCUGACCAGUGCGUACUCCCCUGUGGACUACAUGAGCAUCACCAGCUUCCCCAGACUCCCGGAAGAUGAUGCCUCCGCCGACAGCGCCUUCAAAUCACGCAAAGAUGACGAGAACUUCCUCAGUGAGCAGGACACAGAGCCGGAUCUGUUCCUGAACUCGGCCCGGCUGCAGCGGCUGCCCUCCUCCGCCUCGGACCUGGCCCGGCACGACAUCUCUCCCCUGAGAGAGACCACCAGAGACCCGCUGGCGCAGGAGUGCGCGUGCACACGGGACGGCCUGACCGUCAUCAUCACUGCCUGCCUGACCUUCGCCACCGGGGUCACCGUGGCCCUCAUCAUGCAAAUCUACUUUGGAGACCCUCAGGUGUACAGUCAGGCCGCAGUGGUGUCGGACGUGGCCCGCUGCACGUCUCUGGGCUUGGACGUCCUGGGCAAACACGGGUCCAGCGUGGACGCCGCCAUCGCCGCUUCCCUCUGCCUGGGCAUCAUCCACCCCCACGCCUCGGGCAUCGGCGGGGGUGGCGUGAUGCUCAUCCAUGACAUCCGGAAUAACGAGAGCCGGGUCAUUGACUUCCGUGAGAUGGCACCCUCCGGGAUUCACGAGGACAUGAUGAUAAAUGUUAAUCAAAGGUCGGGUCUGUCCGUGGCCGUCCCAGGCAUGAUCAGUGGACUGCACCAGGCUCAUCAGCUGUAUGGAAGACUGUCGUGGAAAGACGUCAUCACUUCGGCUGCAGACGUGGCGAGGGACGGAUUCAACGUUACGCAUGAGCUGGCUGAUGCGUUGUCUAAAGUGAAGGAGGAGAAUGUGUCGGACGCUUUCAGAGAUCUGUUCCUGCCUAGCGGUCAGGCUCCACUCGCGGGAGUCCUCGCUAAACGUCUGGAUCUAGCGGCCAUUUUGGACAAGAUUGCAGCCAAUGGAAUCUCAGAGUUCUACAGUGGGAAUCUGACUCAGGAAAUGACAUCAGUGGUUCAAGCUAAAGGAGGCGUGCUGACAGAGGAUGAUUUCAAAAACUACUCCACUAUCAUACAGAAGCCGCUGCAAACUCUUUACCAGGGCCAGCGGGUGUUCGCUCCUCCUCCGCCGCACGCCGGAGCCGCCCUCCUCUCCGCGCUCAACAUCCUGGAGGGGUUCAACAUCACACGCCAGGUGUCCCGGGGACAGAUCUACCACUGGGUGGCUGAGUCGCUGAAGAUCGCUCUGUCCCAGGCCAGUGGACUGGGAGACCCCAUGUUUGACGACUCGGUCUCUGAGCUGGUGGCGCAGAUGCUCAGUAAAACCCAGGCUGCUGUUUUCCGGGAAAUGAUCAACGACUCGCAGGCGUCGGCCGCCGAGCACUACGUCCCGUCGUAUGAGCUGCAGGAGGGCGCUGUGGCCAGCCAGCUCAUGAUCAUGGGCACCGAUGACCUGAUCGUGUCUGUUAUGAGCUCACUAAACCGGCCGUUUGGGAGUCGCAUCGUGACGCCCUCUGGGAUCCUCCUCAACAGUCAGAUUCUGGACUUCUCCUGGCCCAAUAAAACCCACGGCUCUGCGGCGUUCAAUCAGCGUAACGCCGUUGAGCCGGGCAAGCGUCCCUCCUCGUUCCUGAUGCCGGUGGUGGUGAGGCCGUCGGUGGGGGUGUGCGGGACCUACAUCGCCCUGGGCUCCUCGAACGCUGACCGUGCCGCCAGCGGCAUCGCUCAGGUGUUGAUCAAUGUCUUGUCAUCACGCAAAAACAUGAGUGACAGUGUGUCCUACGGGAGACUCCAUCCCCUCAUCCAGAACAACACCCUCCUGGUGGACUCGCUCUUCCUGCCAGCGGAUGUGGCGUCUCUGACCCAGAAGGGCCACGCGGUGCAGAAGGUGGACAUCAUCUCGCUGGUGGAGGGAACCCGCAGGACCAACGACCUGAUCAUCGGCGUCAAGGACCCGCGCAGCAGCGAUGCCUCCGCGCUGUCCAUGCCCUAAACACACACACACACACACACGGGAGCUUGUAGAUAGACAUAGGAUUGUACUGUCAUACUGGUUGUGCAUUAAAUAAGCGAGUUAUGAAGACAGCGAGUUAACACUACUGCUGAUGAUGGAAAUGAGCCACACACACACACAGAGUUUGCAUGCGCACACGAUCACGAUGACCAACUGUGAAAGGCAGUAAGAAAUGUGCAGUGUUUUUUCAUCAUUUACCUGUAUAUUUCCAGAACUGCUGGCAUGUUAUCCUGACUCCGCUUAUCCUCACACACACAGUGCCUGUAAGACUUCUGGACAUAACCACUUAUUAUUUAUUGAUAUUUUCUUCAUUGUGGAGUUAUAGUAAAGUCAUCAAAACUGUAAAAUAAAACAAAAGGGAGGCAUGGGAAUUAUGCAGUGGCCAGAAAGAUAGAGCUGCACGAUUCUGCCUAAAUAUUAUUAUUUGUUCACAAUUCUGAACUAAAUUUAUUAGAGGUUCUGACAAAAUGUUAACUGCUAUUUAAAUAUAUAUAUACUAUAUAUAUUUUGUAGUCAGUUUGACUGAAUGAUUCAUUAGGUGUUUUGGACUUAAUCUCAUCCACCGAUAGAUCUGCACCACCCAACGACUCACUCCAAGACUUCACUGAUUUCAUUACUGGAUGAAUAAGCGUUAUUAAAUCUGUUGAAUCAAUUAUUCAAAGACAAAUCGAUUUUUAACAGUCUCUUGUCGCCACCUACCGGUGUAAUGUGAUUGAUCACUAUCGUCAGUAGACAUCGUCGGUGUUUAUGCAUGCUAUAAACUUUAACCCCAGUAAUGCUGUGAUAAUUUGAAUUAUUUUAACACUGAGAUAAUGAAACUGGUUGAAAACACUGUUUGAGUUUCAUAUAACACGAUAACCGCUGUCUCUGGAUCGUACUAGUCAAAGGUUUAAUAUCACUGAUGAAUGUUGCCAUGUAGGACGUACAUCGUGUGUAGCUUAACUUUUAACAAUUAAUCGUGCAGCUCUACCUAAAAAAAAUAAAUGUAGAUAUUUAAGCGUAUUUCUUCCCAGACCAGUGAAUAACCCGUGUGGGAGAUCAUGUGUAAUCAUCCUGGAAGAAAUUUACAUCAUAACUAGCGUACAUAAAUUAUUUUAAGAAACAUUUUUGUUUGAGUGUGUCCAAACUUAACUUGUACAGUAAAUGUCAUUUUUUUGUUAUUAUCAUAUUAGCUCUUUGAGGACUGUGUGGGAUUAUGCCUUAUUAUGCGAAUGACUCGAGGGUUAGCGAAAGGAAAAUGGAGGGAUUUUUUUUCUCUAUAUCUCGCAGGAUCUAAGAAGUCUUCGUGAAGAAUUAGCUUCACAAAUGUGAGUAAAUGUUACAUAAAGGGGAUGAAAUGGGCUUUAUGCACAGCUGCACUACUUCCUGGACUUAAGCCAGCUCCUUGCUUCCUGUCUACCAUUAUUGGCCAAAUUCAUUAAUUCAGGUUUGUCUGAUUAUUGUUGCCGUGACUACUGAGGUCAGGCACACCUGAAUUAAUCAAUUUGGCCAAUAAUGGCAGACAGGAAACAAGGAGCUGGCUUAAGUUCAGGAAGUAGUGUAGCUGUGCAUAAAGCCCAUUAAAUCUGGCAUUCUUGCAAUGACAGAGGGGGUAAAUGCUACUGUAAAUGAAUGAUGUAUUAUAUAUUGAUUAUAGAGGGUUUGGUGGUAAAUGUAUAGUCUUAUUUUAUUAGCAAAGGAAAUUACCUAAGAGGCAAAUAAGAUUUUCCUACAGUUAUGUGUCAAUCUUUCACAUGCUAUUUAAUAUAUAUAUAUAUAUAUAUCCUGCCACAAUGGCUUCAACAGUUUUUCUUUUUAAAUUGUGGUUGUCCGUUUGCUGAUGUAGUUUUAACAAGUUGUCUCUUAAAUGUGAAAACGGUGAAAUUAAUGCCUUGAAUGUUUGCUGCACAUAUUUUCUGAGAGACAAUCAGUUAUCAUUUAUGUGUUUUUCUCCCAAAUGAACAACUGCACUGUAGCAUCAAUGUCGUGUGUAGUUUACAAUGAGAUGAUGAAGAAUAAAUAUUUAUGUGUAGUUUCGUUACAUUA